AUGGGCUGCGCUGCUCCAAGUGGGGCCAAGACCUAUGAGAUCUCUGGUGGCUUGCAGGUGAAGGAACUGGCAGACGAGGUCCAGGUGACCAUCAACAACAGCAGCGCGGUGAAGAAAUGUUUUACGCUGACCUUCACGAACUGCCGAAAUGUGACCUUUCCGGAGGGCAAUCCGAGCAGCAUCACCUUGGAACCCGGGCAGCAGGUGACCAAGAUCUUGGUUUGCAAGGCCGACAGCGGCGCCAUUUGGAAUUGGAACUACAGAUGGACCUGUCGCGGUGUCUUCCAACAGAUGGAGGAGGAUCCCAAGGCCUUCACGGACCCAGACUUUCCACCGGACAGUUCCAGCGUGGGAAGCUCCAAGACCAAGUGGAAGGCGGGUGCCCCGGAGCUAUGGCUCCGCGCCAAACACCUGGGAGAUCCCACGCAGGUCGUCUUGUUCGACAAGAUCCAGUGUCAAGACGUCUUGCAGGGCGAUCUGGGCGAUUGUUGGUUAAUGAGCGCUUUGGCCAGCUUGGCGGAGUAUCCGGAGCAGAUACGACAGCUCUUCAAGACGCAGAGCGUUUCGCAGGACGGGAAGUACGAAGUACGUCUCUACGACAUCGAGCUGUUGGGCUGGACGACCGUGGCAGUUGAUGAGUUCAUCCCAUGUUCCUUGAGAGAAGGUGUCCCGGAUCCCACCUUCGCAAAGCCCUUGGGUGAGGAGAUUUGGGUUCUGCUCCUGGAGAAAGCCGUUGCGAAGUUCUGCGGGAGCUAUGGCGCGCUCAGUGGCGGCACGGUUGCUUGGGCCUUUCAGUUGCUCACCGGUGAGACCAGGAUCGUGUCCUACCAAAAAUUGGAGGACAAGACUUGGCGCCGGCGCGUCAUGAACCGCGAACGGCAGGUCAUGAAAGGCGCUAGAAAUCCGAUGAGUUGCUGGUGGAAUUGGAACAACAGCGAUGUCCACGAGGUGACUGCCUUGUUCCAGAUGCUGCAGCAUCACCUGAGUGAAAAGCACAUGGUGACUUGCAUGAUUUCGAAGACCUCUGAAACCGUGGAGGAGGCCACGCGCAAUGGCCUCUACAAGGGUCACUUCUACUCGCUGCUGCAGGCCCGAGAGGAAAAACUGGAGGAUGGAAGCAGUGUGAGUUUGGUAAUGCUGCGGAAUCCCUGGGGCCAGAAGGAGUGGACGGGGGACUAUAGCGACUCCAGCGAUAGGUGGGAUCAAAACCCCAAGUUGAAGGCGCUGCUUCACUCGAACAGAUCCGAUGGAAUUUUUUGGAUGUCGCUGAAGGACUGGGCUGCAAUGUUCAGCUUGGUCUUUCUGUGUCCUUCCUGCGUCAGCCCUGUGUUGGCAGCAGAUCUCAGUGGUGACUUGGAAGAAAAGGAAGACACCGAGGAUGAUGCGGUUGCCUUUCCUGAGUACUUCAGUGGCAGUGAUGCACCCGCCAAAGCUGCGGGGCCUUUCCAGCGGAAAAAACUGUGGGAGACCGGUGGAGCUGUCGGCGGCGUUCCAGUGAAGUUCGUGAAAGAAGAUGUGGAGAAGGUCAUGAUGGAGCUCCCGGACUAUAACUUCUAUGAGUUCAAAGAGUCCGUGCCAAAUCCUUAUCAAGGUACCACCUUGGACCGGAGCAUCUUGUUGGACCCUCCUGCACCGGCCCUGGUGGCACCCAAGUACGAAUUCUCCAAGCUGGAGAACGGCAUUAAGAUUGCCUCAGUAGACAAGCAGGGCCUCACUGCACGUCUGGGCCUCUAUGUGCAUGCGGGCGCGCGGUUCGAAGGCUCAGCCAACUUGGGUGUGGCCCACAUGACGGCCUUGAUGGGCUUCCGUUCCACCGCGCAUCUCAGCCACUUGAGGACGGUGAAGACCUUGGAACAGAUGGGCGCCGAUCAAAGCGCCUCAGCCAAAGCGGGGCGCGAAGAGAUCCUGUAUCAGGUGGAUGUGCAAAGAGAGCUGCUGCCCUAUGUGGUGCCGUUGAUGGUGGGCAACGUGCUCUUCCCUCGCUUUCUGCCUUGGGAAGUGAAGUCUGCACAUGGCGACGUGAAGACCGACAAGGAGGGGAUUCUCAAGAACCCUGACACCAUGGUGAGUGAACUUCUGCACAAGGCAGCUUACUGCAAUAACACCUUGGGCAGAAGCCCUCUCAUGAGCGAGAGGUCGAUGGCGUAUUUCACCCCAGAGACGGUGCGCGGUUAUUUGUUGGAUCACUUUGCGCCGGAGCGGAUGGUCUUCGUGGGCGUGAACGUGGCGCACGCCGAGCUGACCAAGUGGGUCAUGCGAUCCUUCGCAGACUACAAUGCCAUCCCUCUGAAGAAGCGAGAAGAAGUGAAGGCCAGCUACACUGGAGGCGACAUGCGCCAGGAGGGAACCUCUCCCUACUGCCACCUUGCCCUGGGAUUGGAAUCCACCGCCUUCGGGCAAGCGGAACUGGCUCCCGUGGCCCUGAUCCAGGAGAUCUUGGGCGGUGGCACGGCUGCCUACACCGGCAUCGGCUCUGGGGUGACCUCUCGGCUGUCCACCAAGGUGGUCAAGCAGAAUCCCUUCGUUGAGUCGUGCAUGGCUUUCAACACUUCGUACUCAGACUCCGGUCUCUUCGGCAUCUAUGGCGUGGGUCAGCCUGAGAAGGCUGGUGACAUGGCCAUGGCAAUGGCUGGAGCAUUGAAGAGCACCUCCAGUGUCAGCAAGGAGGAGUUGACCAAAGCCAAAGCUAUGCUGAAGGGCAAGAUGUACCGACAGGCGGAUAAGGAUAGCGAGUUGAUGCAGGAUAUGGGCCAGCAGCUGCUGCUCACUGGAAAGUACGGCUCGGCGGCGGAGUUCGCCAAGAUCAUCGAUGCUGUGACGGAGCAGGAGGUUGCUGCCUGCGCCACCAAGAUGCUAGGCUCCAAAUUGUCGGUGGCCGCCUUUGGCGACGUGCAUGCCGUACCAUCCUAUGCCUCCAUGGAGGCUGCGCUGAAGUGA